GCCGUUGUCGCAACUCGCCCUGCUCCGCCCUGCGCACCACCGCGAUGUUCCCCGUAUGUGCCGAGAGCAGCCCGCUCGUCGCCGCCAGUGCCAGCGCGGCUGGCGCUGAGCCGCUGGCCCCGCGCGACCCGCUGCGGCUGCGCGUUGGGAGGCAGCUGGCGGUCGCUCCGCCCAGGGGCUGCCGGCCGCUGCUCGCUGCGGCCCUCGCGCUGGCCUCGGGCCUGUGGGCGGCGCUCCUCUGCGCGGCGGGCCCGCGCGCGGGCGGCGGGCCCGCGCCCGCGGCCGGGCCGCAGGCCGCGCCCGAGGGCUCCCGCGGCCCUGGCGCGGGCGGGCGCGGAGGGGCCAGGAUCGGAGGCGGGGUGCCGAGCGUGGAACAGCUCUACGAGAUGGCCCGGGGCGUGCACAGGGACCUGGACGAGCGCAUGCUCGGCUAUACGCGGCAGUUUAGUGGGGAGGUUGGGCAGAGUGAGGAAGCGGAUGCCGUAGCACAGAAGUUGGGUUGGUCUGGCACAAGCCCAGCAUUGGGGUCGGCGAACUCAUCAUACGUGGCUGGCAACAUCUCAGAAAUUGAGGGCAUGCUCUCCGAUCUGAACGUGAGCAUGUCUGAGGGGAUCAGCGAGAUGCGCAGCCUCGAAAUCAUGGCUUGUCUGGCCGACUCUUGGCAGGUCAUUUCCAAUCUCGGCUCAAUCAUUGUGAACAUCCAGAGUCUCACGCAGACUUGCAAGGUGACGGACACUUAUGAGACGAGAACAACUUGCGCCUCGCUUGUGGGCCUGAACCUUGCCCUCUGGGGGUACCUCGGCUGCAAUAUCUGCAACAUAAUGAGCUCUUGCCCUGGGGUCUUCAACGUGGAAGCGACCUGCGCGCUUGGACCGGUCGGGAUCUUUGCCAGCUCAGCCGGUACCGUAAAUGGCGCCGCCACCAUGGCAGGCAAUUGCAACCAGGGCCUCAAACCUGUGGAGAAGACGGAGGAAGAGAACGAGACGCUGGCGGAGUUGGCUAUCGGUGGCGGCCGCCGCCUGCGGGCGGCGGGCGGCCCGAAGCCGGUGCUCCCAGACUGGAUCGGCGAGGCGCCAGCCAGCGCCGACGACGGCGCUCCCGAGGGCACGGCGCUCGGGAGGUACGCGGAGCAGCUGGCGGCGCAGUCGCGGGCCAUGGCAGAGCGCGGGGAGAGCCCUCCCGUGGAGAGCGUCACGGUGGAGGGGCGGGUCCUCUCGAUUCCCGCGGGGGCCAGCCAGCCGGAGGUCGACGCGAUCGUCGAGGCGGAAGCCAGGAGCCGCGGAGCCGCAAGCACGGCUCGGGGCGCGUGGAUCGGCGAGGGGUCCCGCUGCCGUGCAGGAGGACGGCCGUCGCUCCGGCACCUGCGCCGCUGAGCAGUUCGCAGAAGUGGGCCAUCGCGGCCUGCGUCUUCGACACACAGACGAUGGCCGCUCGAUUCAUCCAGGCGGCCGCGUUCAUGGGCUUCGCCAUCCUCGACUGCAGAAAGGAGGUCUUCGACGAAUUCGGCGUCGGUAUGAAGCAGAAGUGCGUGAUCGACAUCGGCGUCAUGACCGCGUCGCUGGCAAUUGCCUCGAGCAUGAUAUCCCUGGACAUCAUGAACUGCCCCCACACGCUCGAGUACAUGCCCAACAACCUUUGCGCCACCGGCAUCCUGCAGAUCAUCUCCUCGGUAUCCUACUUCGCGGUGGCUUUCGCCAGCAUCGCGGACGCCUGCUUCGGCUUGGAUCCCAACCACCCAGAGCCGAAUCAGACACGGGGUCGGUGACCAAGGCUCUCGAAGAGCUUCCUGGGCUGCCAAAGGAUCGGGGUCCCCACGAGGCCCCGGGACGCGGCCAGGAGUUUUUUUGGCGCGCCAAAGAUGGUGCUUUGUAGGCUGCCUGUCAGGCGGGUAAAUUCAGGCGCUGUGGACGUCAAGCGUCGUGAGGCCGGCGUGGCGAAGCGCAGGGAGGAGAGGGACG